AUGAUAAAUCCUAUUGGCAUCAUAGAUCCCCAUAUAGCACAAACUGCAACAAAAGAUGGAAUUUACACUAGGCAAGCCCCAAAGAUAGCUCCACGACGUUCACUACAACGUGGAUAUAAUGAAGCAAUGAUAAGACCUAUUGGCAUCACGGACCCCCAAAUACAACAAAAUGAAGCAAGGAAAUUAAAUAUCCCAACCGGCAUCGCAGGCCCCCUACUACCACAUUAUGAAGCAAAGAAUAGACCUAUUGGCACCGCAGGCACCCAGAUACCACAUGCUGAAAUAACCGGUGGAGUUGAAAACAAGCAAGCCCUUAAAAUAGCCCCGCGACUUUCACGACAGCGAGAACAAAAACCAAAGAAUAAUCCACAGGGAAAAUCUGUUGAAGUUCCAAACAUUUGUCUAUUUCAUUUACGCGGGAAAUGUUGGUAUAAGAAAUGUAAAAACGUUCACAGUCGUAUGUUGUACCAGUGGCAGUAUGAAGAUAACCAUGGUAAAUGGCAGGUUUUUGCAGAAGAAACUAAUAUUGAUAUUGAGAGGAACUAUUGUUCACCUGAUAUUAAAGAGGAGCAUUAUUACAAAACAACAGAAGGAUCUACACGCACUAUAAAGAGAAUUGAUUUUACCAACUUUGAGAAAAGUGAUCCCAAGAUCCGUCGAUUAUCAACACUGAGCUUUACCAGCGACACUAGUAACCUUGAUCUUCCGUUUACCACAAAAUGGAUAUGGUACUGGAAAUCAGAAGAUAGUUGGAUUCCUUAUGGGGAACAAGAUGGCAUUGGUUACAAGGCUAGUAUAACAUCCACAGAGAUUGAGAAGAGUUACCUAAAUGACACUGAUGUUACUGUAGAAUUCAAAACCUUAGCCAAUGCAUAUCUAAUUAAAUUCUUUGGUAUGGUCCAAAUAAAUAAAGACAUAGGUACGGAACGGAAACUUGCUAGAAGACCGGAAUUUGUGGAUAAGGCUGUUCUCAAACAGAGAAAAGAUAAAGUCAAACUCAUAAAGGAGGCUGAGAAACUUGCCACACCAUCGACAUGGGAAUUCUCUGGUGAUGUUUCCUCACAUUUUCGAAUGACACGGCUUUUAACAUGCAGUGAUGAAUAUACAGAAAUUAGAGAUAAAUUUUUGUUAGAUAUAUCUCAAUCAGAAGAAAAAUUUGUAGUACGAUCUAUUGAUAGAAUUGAAAACGUAGAGCUUUGGAGGGCAUUCCUUGAAGCCAAGGCUGCACUUAACAGAAAAUUGAAACGGCCAAUAGAAGACAUACGAUUGUAUCACAGUACUGACAAUAAUAUAGCAGAUGCUAUAGCUAGACAGGGAUUUGAUUGUCGUUUAGCAGGAAACAGAGUUGGUACCUUGUUUGGUAAAGGGGGUUACUUCGCCAAAACGUCACUUUUGUCAAACAGAUACUGCAACAACGACGACAAGGAGAGGAAGAUGUUUGUUGCCAGGGCCCUGUUAGGUGAUAGCAUCACGGGACAUCGAAGUUUUGCCCGACCACCCUUAAAGGAUCCGUCUAACCCAUCAAGUGAUCUGUAUGAUUCUUGUGUAGAUAAUGAGCAUAACCCUAUGAUUUUUGUUUUAUUUAAUAACAACCAGGUAUACCCUGAAUAUAUAAUCACAUAUAGGCCAAUUUAAAACACAGUUACAGGUAAGCCAAAACUGACCGUAAAAUUGAAUAAUUUGCACGUUAAAAUAUCCCCUUUAUAUCAGAAUUACUUUCAGCCCAUUGUAUGUCAAUGUCUUUCUAAUAUUUUCUUAAUUAAUCGGGGAAUUUACACAUUAUAGGAUAGAGAAAUUAUUAAAAUAUUGAUAUAAAAUAAUCACAUAUGGACGAUUAAUAUAAGGCUGGGGAUAUUUGCCACAUGUGGUAAGACAAUUCGGAGACUAUUUGCCACGUGGCAAAUCUCCGUACCGCAAUUAUCAACCGUACCGCAAUUGUCAACCGUUACCCGAUUUUUAUAAAACUUACAGAUCAAGAUAAUAAUAAUAUAUCAGAGUAGCCAAAAUUUCGACCACUUCCGGUCAGCAGUUUCCGAGACAUCGGAUUGCCACACAUUACAUGUGGCACGACUGCAGGCAGCAAUUACCAACCGAUUUCGAUGAAACUUGCAGAUUAUAAUGACAUUAAUAAUAUCUCAGAGUAGGCAAUGUUUCGGUCACUUCCGGUUAGCGGUUUCCAAAAUAUCAGGUUACCACACAUUUCAUGUGACACGACUGCAGACCGCAAUAUUAUCAACCGAUAUCCACGAAACUUACAGAAUAUGAUAACAUUAAUAAUAUCUCAGAGAAGCCAACAUUUCGACCACUUCCGGAUAGCGCUUUCCGGGAUAUCCGGUUACCACACAUUUCACAUGGCACGACUGCAGACCGCAAUUACCAACCGAUUUCAAUGAAACUUAAAUAUUAUGAUUACGUUAAUAAUAUCUUAGAGUAGGGAAAGUUUCGGCCACUUCCGGAUAUCGUUUUCCGGGAUAUCAGGUUACCACACAUUUCAUGCGGCACGGCUACAGAAAUAAAAUGGGAUUUAACGUCCUACUGUUCUGCUCCUAAACUGGGCUAAUGAAGACGGCACGACUACAGACGGCAAUUAUUAUUAUCAACCGAUUUCAAUGAAACUUGGAGAUUAUAAUUACGUUAAUAAUAUCUCAGAGUAGCCAAAAUUUCGACCACCUCCGGUUAGCAGUUUCCGAGAUAUCAGGUUACUACACAUUUCAUGUGGCACGACUGCAGACCGCAAUAUUAUCAACCGAUAUCCAUGAAAUUUACAGAAUAAGAUAACAUUAAUAUAUCUCAGAGUAGCUAAAAUUUCGACCACUCCCGUUUAGCUAUUUUCGAGAUAUCAGGUUGCCACACAUUUCAUUGAAACUUCCCGAAUAUGAUAACAUUAAUAAUAUCUCAGAGUAGCCAAAAUUUGGACCACUUCCGGAUAGCGGUUUCCGAGAUACCAGGUUACCACACAUUUCAUGUGGUAAUUGCGGUCUGCAGUCGUAAGGCUAUUUUGAAAUUCUUGCUAAAAACAUGUGGCAAAUAGCCACUGCGUUAAUAUAAUUUGGCUCUAACUUCUUAUUUGUAGGACAAUGUUGUGGGUUUUUUAAAAUGAAAAUUUAGUUAGCCUGUGGACACUAAAGACGGUGAAUAUAAUUAAUUUAGAUAUAGUCAAUAAUAUACGGUGAAAUUAUUAUUAUGCAGUUGGAAGAUUGUUGAUGAAAGGUUAUGAUGGUGUUGGAAACAAGGACACAUAUUAAGUACUCGUGUAAAAUAUUCAUUCGAGGGGGCUAAUAAUUGCUCGAGUAUAAAAUAAUUACUCAUAUUGACAGAAAGUAAUCGAAUUAAAGGACAAUAUUGGUGUCAGUCAUUAUCACAUAUGUGAUAGAACUGGUUAAACAC